CUCUCCCUCCCCGCUGACGCCGGAGGAAGCAUGGCGAGGACCCUCGACGGCUGCUGCUCCGCCAAAGACGUCGCCUACAGCUGUGGGUACUGUGGUUAUGCACUGAACUUGAGCUCCUCGACACGGAACACAGCCAACAUUGGAUCCAAGUAUGGAAAACAGAUCAGGAAAGGUGUCGUCUCGUUCUUCGCGAUCGACGAGAGUCGGUUCACGCAGACUGACGAGGUGAGCUGCAUGCCAUACUUCAGCUCAAGGUCUUCAUGGGGUUUCUUCAGAAAGAGAAAACGAUUGCUCUGCCGCAAGUGCAGCGGUCAUAUCGGUAACGCUUAUGAGGACGAGGACUCUGCCUUGAAUCAUAGCUCAGAUGACACACACACAGCCUCCGAUGUCAGCAGCAUGUCUAGUCGAAAGAAAUAUGUUAUCAAGAUUAAAGCGCUACAACCUUCAUCCGACGGCUCUGGUGUUCCCUUCGCUCUAUGACAGCAACCUGAACCGUUGUAUCGUGUGCCUUGAAAAGCAUGGUUGCUCUAAACUGUGCCGGACUGGGAUGUUGUGAAUCGGGUAAAUGCAGCACCAAGAACUUCAUACUGUCGGAACUUUUCAGGGGAACUCGUCAUUUCUGUUCUGCUUCAGUCAUCUUGCUGCCCUUACUUGAUAGUGAUUUUUCAUUUCUUUUUCAUACCAGUAUACAUGUAUAUUUUUAGCUGGAGGGUCAAAUUUUAGUUGUGUUAAUAUUGCAAAAUGAGAGGGUCUUCAGGGUGUGUCGCAUUCUUGUAUCAGGUGUUCAGUUUCAUAAAGGCAUUCCUGAAGUUGUUCAUGUGGGAUUGUGACAAAGCUGUUGGCAUCAAACAGAGAAGACUAUAAUCUGUAUAUUGAGUAUAAUCUGUCAAAAUAUCAACUUAUUCUCCAAUGAGUAAACUUCUUUUACACUCAAA